UGGCUCUCGGUGUAAGUUACGAGGGGGGCAGCGAGCGGCCCUGUGCGUGGCGCGGAUUUUUCAGUUGGAAGUUGAGUGUGGCGGGGUGAGUUGUGGGCUGUGGGUCUGUGGCCUUUGGCCUGGAGGGGUAACGUUCCCAGGGUUUCGCCUCCUCGGAGAGAUGUGGAGCUGAGGGGGAGGCUCCGGCCUGGAGCUACAGCAAUCUGAGCCGGGAGUCCGGCUCUCCCGGUGGCCCAGGCCUUGGCCGAGCUUCAUCACCUUUCGGUUGAGUCAGGCGCCAGAAUCGGGCCGUGCUCGAGUGCGGACGGAAUAAGGAGCCAAGCGGGGCCGCUGAGCGGGCGCAACGUUAACAGAUCCCUAGCGCUGUUCCUCUGUUUCCUGGGAAUGGCUCAAGAAGUAAUCGAUGUGGAUAUGCAGCCAGAGGAAGAAGCUGUCUUAUCACAGUUGAUACUUCAUGACCCAGGUUCAAGUUCAACAGGACCCAGCAUUGACAACGUGCCUGGUGGCGUGGAGUUGAGAGAGCUGCCCUUACCUGCAGUCCCUUCAAGUGCUCAUCGUGGUGGGCUGGAAGCAGCAUUACUAACUGAGGAACUUCAAAGACUGCAAGGGGCAUUGAGAACAGUAGCCCAGCAUUUUUCACUUGGGCAGAGACCAAGUCACCAACGUAGACAGCUAAGGAGGCAUAGUCGUCGCCAAUCAGGUGCUUCUCAGAGAUCAGUUUCAUCCAGGUCUGGAGCUCUGGAUAACUACUUUCGGGUUAAUCGGCAACAGCGCACUGUAACAGAUCGGCUUGCUCAAUAUGGUGCAGAUGAUGUGAGCAGUGAAGAUUCAAGCACUGAUCAGAGCACUGAUCUCAGUGAAUCAGAGGAGAGUGGCAGCAGCACAGAGAUAGAGGAUGACUAUGGAGGAAAUGAGUCUGUGGCAACCACUGCUCCAGCUAGCACCCUGGCAGUGGCAAACCCCACUCCAGCACAGAGUGUUGGGAAUGAGGAAUCACAGUCGACACAUCAAGAACAGGAGAGCCUAGCCUCGCAUUCAGAAGAAGCGUUAAAUGUGAAAAAAGAUGAACCAAGUCCACAGGCUACCAGUGCAGUCUCUGAUGAUGAGGGAGAUACUUGCUCAAUCUGUUUUGAGCCAUGGACUAAUGCAGGAGAGCAUCGUCUUGCGGCUCUGCGAUGUGGCCAUCUCUUUGGGUUUACCUGCAUUGACCGGUGGCUGAGGGGACAAGGAGGAAAAUGUCCACAGUGUAAUAAGAAAGCUAAGAGAUCAGAUGUGGUAUUACUGUAUGCCAGAGUACUGAAAGCUGUGGAUACCAGUGAACAGGAGCGAUUAAAGAGUGACCUGGAGAAAGAGCAAAUGUUGCGCCAUAAAGCAGAACUGGAAUCUGCACAAUGUCGUCUCCAACUCCAGUUUUUGACCGAUGAGUGCUCCAAGUUACGUAAACAGCUGCAGGAGCUGAGAUGCCUGAUGGCCAAACAUGGUCCAAGUGCUUCGCAAGGUCCCUCAAGUUCCAGUAGCUCCCUGAGUGGUCACAUCAGUGCCAGCCAAAGUCAGUGCAAGUACCAGUUUGAGAAAGGCAUUAUGAUUUCGCAGAGUGGAAACUGUCGUGUCAUGGCCUACUGUUCUUCAAUGAGUUGUCUUGUUGUGUCCCAGCCUUCUCCUCAAACAACUCUCCUUCCUGGGUGUGGCGUCAAGAAGAUCAGUGGGGUGAAUUUCCGCAGUACUCAGUACAUUCCAAUCCAUUCCAAACAGAUCAGAGGCUUGGCAUUCAGUGAUCGACUUGACAGUGUCCUCUUAUCUGCAUCACUAGAUAACACUGUCAAAUUAACUAGUUUGAUUGCAAAUACUGUGGUGCAGACCUACAACACUGGUCGUCCUGUAUGGAGUUGCUGUUGGUGCUUGGAUGACACAAACUACAUAUAUGCUGGACUGAUAAAUGGUUCUAUCCUGAUCUAUGACAUGAGGGACACCACCACACAUGUUCAGGAGCUCCCCCCACAGGGUUCCAGGUGUCCUGUGACCUCGCUGUCCUAUCUCCCUCGAAUGGCAUCUGCAGCAUUUCCAUGUGGUGGUCUAGUGGCUGGCACUUUGGAAGGGGGUUGCUUUUGGGAACAGAAAUCCACAAACACUUACAAGGCACAUCUGCUACCUCUGGAGGCUGGGAGUUGCACAGAUAUACAGAUCGAACCCGUGAUGCGACACUGCCUUGUUACCUACAGGCCAGGUAAAACUCACAGUUCUUUACGGUGUGUCAUGAUGGAGUUAUCAAGCAGUGCCUCUCCAGAGUCGCUCGAGAACCUCAUCUGCACCUGUUACCCGGUGCAAACGUUCAAUGCAGGCCCCACAUGUAAACUUUUGACAAAAAAUGCCAUUUUCGCAAGUCCUGAGAAAAAUGGUAGUGUCCUGGUGUGUGCAGGAGAUGAGGCAACCAACAGUGCAAUGUUGUGGAAUGCAGGGACUGGCUCCCUCAUCCAGAAGCUUCAAGCUGACCAACCCAUACUGGAUAUCUGUCCGUUCGAGGUGAAUCAAGGUAGUUUCCUGGGAACUCUGACUGAAAAAAUGGUGAAGAUCUACAAGUGGGCCUGAUGGAAUCCAUAUUUGUAACUUUGCUGACACUGACUUGGCAAGGAUGGAAAUCAAAGGCCCAAAUCUGGUGCUGGGUAUGAAUCAUGGCAUGUUACAAAAACUUUCCUCGCAUGUAGGACAUGAUGUGUGACAGAUCUACCCACUCCAGCUAAUCAAACAUUCCUAUUGCUGUAAGUGAUGCCCUUAGUUUAAUUGCUUCCCAUUGAUGACAAAUGCUACUAUUGAGAAUUGUGACAUUUCCAACAAGAUUCUCUGAGUAAGAAUAAAGGCUUUUUAGUACGAUCUUAACCCCUCCAUUAUUUUACCUCUUUUGGCAUUUACAAUGUACUUUGCCUUUAAUGCAUAAGUGGUAUGAGUUGCCAGGAGUUCCCAAGAGGCUUGCAGCAACUCCUCCAACCCACUUUAUACCUCUUCACUUUUUAUCUGCUUUCCAAUGAGGAGGACCUCUAAUCUUCCCUUAGCUGACUUGCAGUAGGCCAAUAGGAAAGGAACUCAAAGUGCAAGUGGGGAGGGGGACACCUGUUAAUAGCCUGUGGGCUGGGCUGGCCUGCAGCAUUGCCAUUUAAACCCAGCGUUUUCAAAAUCCCUUCUGUCUAAACAGGUGGAAACGGUCCCCACCAUCAGGAUUAUUGAGAUCACAUACAAUUUGGUGUGAUGCCUGCAUCUCUUGAUUUGAGGAGGAAGAAAAUUUUGGAUCUGUUGAUUUGAAUGGGUGCUAGAGAUUGUCAUAGACCAUCGCAUCUUGUGCCUUGUUGCACAGGACCAGAACGUCAAUUUUGAUAACAUGCUGAUCAAGGGGAAGCGACAAUGAUUGAGUGAGUGUUUCUGACAGUCUUGUGGUCUAAUAUGAUGCAGAAAGUUUGCUAUUGGGGUCCACAGUGAGGGCUGUGGAAGCCAUGUGCCCACUUGAAUGGGAAUGUGCUCAUGUGCAAUUAAAACUUUCAGUGUGUAUAUAAGUGUCGUUUUAUUAUAGAUUACAUUGAAAUAAAAAAAAAUUAACUGCAUGUGAAAUUUUGUUGCCUCAUUCCCCGGCCCCCACAAUUGCUGAUUAAGUGAUAACUGGAUAGUUGCCACGUUGCAUCAGAGCUUGCAUUGCAAACAACAUCCAUGAUAUGCUGGAGUCAUCAACCAGGCUUUCUUUUAAACAAUUAUUUCUUUUUCUGCUUGGUGUCAGCUGUACCUUUUGCAUUCCAGAAUUAAUUU